CGUACUGUGCAUGCAGCAUGCAUAGCAUAGCAGCCAGCCGGCCCUCGAUUCGCUUGUCAUUCUGCGAACGUGUGUCACAUCCUUAUGCUCCUGUUUCAUCAAUUUCGAUGUUUUGCUUCGGAAUUCAUUAUAAAAGAAGCCCUUCUUCAUUUGCAAGAGUCUUGAGUAGUACCCCUCCAGACCGAAUCAUAGAAAGACUUGAACAUGAGUGUUGAUGUUCUGUGCAGGAAAUGCUGAGAAAGUUUGAUGAUCUGGAAUUGACCAAGUACCAGUCGAAAAUGUCCAACAGAUCCAUCCUGCUUAAAGUCGUCAUCCUGGGCGACGGAGGGGUGGGGAAAAGCUCGCUCAUGAACCGCUUCAUCAGCAACAAAUUUGACAGUCAGUCAUUCCACACCAUCGGCGUGGAGUUUCUGAACAAAGACAUCGCAGUGGACGGCGAGAACUACACGAUCCAAAUAUGGGACACGGCAGGCCAGGAGCGCUUCAAGAGUCUACGCACCCCGUUCUACCGGGGUUCGGACUGCUGCAUGCUGACGUUUGCCGUAGACGACCUGCAGAGCUUCAACAACCUGAACAUGUGGAAGAGGGAGUUCCUGUACUACGCCGACGUGGCGGACUCGGACAGCUUCCCCUUUGUCGUGCUCGGCAACAAGGUUGACGUGGACGAGGACGAGAGACAGGUGACCAUGGAGGCCGCCAUGGAGUGGUGCAAGGCCAACGGAAGUAUCCCGUACUUCGAGACCAGCGCCAAGACGGCGGUGCGAGUCGACGAGGCCUUCACGGCCGCCGUGCAGCGGGUCGUUGAACUGGACAGGAGGCAGGAUAUGAAAUCUUCGCCCACGACGGACUCCAUCGUGCUCAGCAAGAAGCCGAGCAACAAACCCCAGAGCUCCUGCUGUUAAUAAUAUCAUUCAUGUCCAAUAGAAAUGUUGAGAACAAAAAGUUAAGCAUCUCAUGACAAUCUUCCGACAAGUACCUCCUCAGUGUCUACAAAGGGAGAGUUGGUGGAGACCACUGGGAGGGACAUUUGUAACGCAUUGCAGACGAUGUCUGAUGCUCAUGCAAGUGUCCACUAUGGCUAUGUGAACAUGCAUGCAGACUAAAUUUAGUUGAGCAUUCUUCACAUCAUAUGCGCACGAACCAGUAUGUGGUGUGUCCCAUCCAUCCAUCCACUGGGGUCUUGAAAGUGCCAUCUGCCUGUACUGUUGGUGCAUGGGGUCUAUUUUUGUCCCCAAAGCUGGCUCGGGCUCCUAAUUAACCCUAACCUUCCCAACUCCAUCAAAAUCCAUCCCCCAUUUUGGGGGAUUUCGGCAGAUAAGCCAUGUGUACCAAGUCAAUCAAAAUGGUGGAUUUCAGUGGAUUUGGUCCUGCAUGAAGCAUUAUGUGAAACAGAAUCAGUAAUGGAUUUUGGCGGACUUGGCCCUCGACCAUAGAGCUCUAUUAAGUUACUAGAGCACUAACUCCUCCUUCUUACGUGUGGUGAUACUUUGAAUCCUUCCUGCGCAUUAGAAUUCAUGUGCAUGGUUGUAUCUACAACAAAAUGAAGUUAGAUGGAGUGAAUUUUGAAAGUGUACUCUAAAAUGCAAUGCGCAAGUACAACAUAGGCAAACGACUUAAGCACGUCAUGACGGUUAAAAUCGUCACGGCAAAAAUCAUCCGCAGCGAAUGCGUAAAUUUACGUUUGCAUUGUUUGAGCAGUGCAAAAUUAAACGCUGUUUUACUGAUUGUUUCGGUUUUGGGCAUCUCGGCUUCGAUAACGCUCUGUAUAGAAUAGAAACGCAGAUAUGCAAAUAGCCAUGCAGAAGCCAUACAAAGUUUGAGUUGUCAA